AUGUCCGAUAAUCAAUCUGGCUUCCUGACAGCCUCCUAUACCAUUGGCGGCUUCCACAGCUCAGUUUAUGCCUCCAAACUAGCUGGAUCUCGUGGGAAACAGAAUAAUUUAUUGCUCUCAGCCAUCUCGAUCGGAAUUGGAUCCCUUUUGACGUCCCUCUCCAACUUCUUCACAAUGAUCCUCAUCGGCCGGACAAUCAUCGGAAUCGACUGUGGAAUCAACACCGUCCUCGUACUCAUCUACCUCUCUGAGAUCUCUCCCAGCCAGAUCCAUGGCUCGGUUGGGGUCAUGAACCAGUUGGCUAUCGUCUUUGUUAUCUUCGGCUCUCAACUAGUCAGUGCACCGCUCGCAAAGCCAUUCCCCUGGCGCUGGAUCUUCAUCAUCAGUUCGGCUUUCUCAACCCUAUUCUAUCCCUUAUCCUUAUCAACAUCGACUCCACUUUUUUAUUGGCCUCCUUGUUCUCGGAAUGGUCUCUUUUUUUUUUUUUGCCCAACCCUCUAG